AUGACAGCAGAUUCAAUUUUACGUGCGCGUCCUGUUUUUGACUGGAUUUUAUUAGAACAUAAUGGUAUUGUUACAAAUUCAAACGUUUAUCUCUUAAUUCAAGAUGAAGAAUUUUUUACAAAUUGUCGUCAUAUUCGUUCAAUUUGGGCUCCCAUCAAGGAAUGCAUUAAUAUCCUUGAAGCAAAAUCAGCUUCUUUAGCUGAUUGUUUCGUGCAAAUGAUCAAAUUAGCAAUUGCUAUAUUUCGUCUCCCUUCAUCAAAUCCCUUUAAAGCUUCAGCAAUUCAGAUUUUUAAUCAUCGUUAUCUUGAAUUUCAGCAUCCUGCUUACUUAUUAUGUUAUUUUCUUCACCCUUAUUAUCGAGGUCUAGGACUUAAUGAUGAAGGAUUUAGAAAUGCAGCAAUAACUGCCACAACUCUCUGGCAAAAUUUAGGAUAUUCUGAACAAGAAUGUAGAGAACUUCUUACUCAAUUCCGAAAAUAUGAUCAAAAACUUAAACCUUAUGAUUUAUCUUAUGAUAAAAAUAUGGAUACACCCGAAUUAUGGUGGAGUUCUAUAAGAAGUAAACCAUAUUAUUUACGAGAUCUUGCACUUCGUUUAUUUUGUAUUGCUGUUUCACAAGCAGGAUGUGAACGAAAUUUUUCUGUACUUAAAUGGAUUAUUGGAGAUAGACGCACAAGGCUUGAUGUUCAAAAGCUCGAAGGUAUUUCUAAAAUUCGUUCUUAUUACUUAGCAAGCAUUAAAAAUGAAUUAUCAUAUUAUGGAAAACAUUUGGAUGAAACAGAAUUAAGAGAAGUUGCCAAUACCUCUGCAGUUGGUGAAAUUAUUGCUUUAGAUGAUAAUGAUAAUGAUACUAAUUAUCUACUAUUAGAGGAAAAUCAGGAAAGAGAAGGUACACAAGAACGUACUACUUUAAUAUUGGAGGACAUUAUUGAUUUUACACAACCAAUCUUUGAAAAUGCAGAAAAUGUGGAUAAUAAUACUAAUGAAGAAAUCAAUAUAGAUAGAAAUCAAUAUAGAUAG